AUGGACAAGGAGGAAGGCGCAGGCCAACCUCCUUUUAGUUCUAGGCCUCAGGGACCGCGAGCGACAGCAGUCGUGAGAGCUAUAUUUUUAUCAUUUUUAGCAAUGCUAGACAAGAAGCAAUUAAGAGCAAUUUUUUUGUACGAGUUGAAACGAGGUCGAAAAGCGGCUGAGACGGCUCGCAAUAUCAACGAAGCUUUUAAUCAAGAUACUGUUAACGAACGUGCAGUACAACGAUGGUUCGCUCGAUUUCGUAAUGGUGAUGAGAGCCUUAAAGACGAAGAACAUGGUAGUCGACCAUCAGAAGUUGAUGACGAACAAUUGAAGACGUUAAUCGAAGCUGACCCACUAAAAACCACACGAGAAGUCGCUGAGGAACUCAACGUUGACCAAUCGACUGUUGUUCGUCAUUUGAAGAAAAUUGGAAAAGUGAAAAAGCUUGACAAAUGGAUUCCGCACGAAUUGAACGAAUCCCAAAAAAAUCGUCGUUUCGAUGUGUCAUCGGCACUCAUUCUGCGCAACAACAACGAUCCUUUUCUCGAUCGAAUUGUAACCUGCGACGAAAAAUGGACCCUCUACAACAACCGGCGACGUUCAGCUCAAUGGUUAGACCAUAAUGAGGCUCCCAAGCACUUUCCGAAGCCAAAAAUUCACCAAAAGAAGAUCAUGGUGACUGUUUGGUGGUCUGCGAUCGGUUUUAUUCAUUACAGCUUCCUGAAUCCAGGCGAAACCAUUACGGUUGAAAAGUAUUGUCAGCAACUCCAGGAAAUGUACCAAAAACUUCGACGCAUGUGCCCGGCAAUGGUCAACAGAAAAGGUCCAAUUCUUCUUCAUGAUAACGCUCGACCACACGUUUCAAUGAUGACGCGACAAAAGCUGCACGAGUUGGGCUAUGAAACUCUGGACCAUCCACCAUACUCACCCGACCUCUCACCCACCGAUUACCAUUUUUUCAAGCAUCUUGACCACUUUUUGCGCGAGAAAUGCUUCAAAAACCAAGACGAAGCCAAGAACGCCUUCAACGCUUUCGUCACCUCCAGAACCCCGGAAUUUUAUGCUACCGGCAUAAAUAAACUUGUAUCUCGUUGGCAACGUUGUACUAAUUCUAACGGUUCUUAUUUUGACUAAUAAAACUUACAAUA